CCUAGUGGCGAUUGUGGACAUUUGUACGAAGCACGUGUUCUAUGUUGUAAAGUACCGAUUUGUUGCCUCAUUCGUUGACAGUAUGAAUGGGAUCAUUAAUAUCGGUCGGAAUGGCUUCACUUCGACUGAAGCAAUAAAACAAGCAGUUAAAGCCCUGUCAAAUGGUCAGUUGAUAGCAGUGCCUACAGAUACAAUAUAUGGAAUUGCAGCACUUGCCCAAAACAAUCAAGCAGUGGAUGCAUUGUAUAGAAUAAAAAGAAGGGAUCAAAAGAAACCAAUAGCUAUUUGUGUUUCAGAUAUAAGAGACAUUCCAAAAUGGGGAAAGAUUACCAUACCUUUAAGUUUAUUGGAAGAUUUACUUCCUGGGCCAGUAACAGUUGUUUUAGAAAGAACAUCGGAGCUGAAUCCUAAUCUUAAUCCAGACACAUCUCUCGUAGGAAUUCGUAUUCCAAAUCACUCAUUUCUUCAAGCAGUUACGAAAGUGUGUAAUCAGUGUUUGGCUCUUACCAGUGCAAAUAUUAGUUCUCAAAGCAACACAUUAUCUGUUGAGGAAUUUAGGGAAUUAUGGCCUCAUCUGGAAUAUGUGUUUGAUGUGGGUCGUCUAGAUGAUAAUUCUAAACGAUUAGGUUCGACUGUGAUAGAUCUUUCAGUUCCAGGUUAUUAUAAAGUAAUCAGGAAGGGUUGUGCUUAUGAUGAAACUAUUAAGAAACUACAUCAUUUUAAUUUGAAAAAGCAAAAUGAAGAUUUAUGAUAAUUGGCUGACAAACUGAAACGAUAUGAACUGUCAUUAUCAAAUGGAAGAAGUGUUUCAAGAGAUUCGGGCUAUUUCGCCGUAAAAGAAAAGUACUGUACAGUACAUCCAAUGGAAGACGACAGCAUUAAAGAUGAUUUGGUCUAUGCUAAGGAAAAGGAAGAGUGUACGCAUGCGGUAUCCAUUCGUUACAGAAUCGAGAAAUAGAAUAAUAUUCAGGAAUUUCAGAUGUUCAUACUGAAAUUGUGACCGUAGUCUUUUGUAAUAAUGCGAUAAAAACUCCCACAGGUCUCAUCAGGCAGUAGUGGCAUUAUGAGUCCUCCGCUGGGUGGAAACUUGAGUGUAAGCUUACCAUCGCUGUUUUCUCUAGCAGUCAAAUAUUUCACAAAGAUUCUGCUAAAUUAUAUCCUGCCGAAGUGAUAAAGUUGCACGAAUUGUCGCAUUGGUGGGACUUGCACAACACGUUGCAAGAGGAAUGCUUUCCAAAUGUUCGACCGUGAAUUUCAUUCUUAGGCGAAUGGUGUGAAGAACCGUGCAUGGAUAGCAUGCAGUUUUCGAUAUGGAAAACGACUGGUUCUCUGAACAUUAAGCAAAUCACAACGUUUUCAUCCUCCACCAGCCAGAGAACCUGACGAGUCGUCUGUAGAAAAGUUGCGACGGUUAACAAGAUUCCUAAUGAAGUUUUCUAUCUACCGAUUUUCCAGACGAAAUGAAAAUGAGUCUGUCGAGCAAACAAUAAGUAGAAUGCUCAUCUCUGCGCAAAAGCAAGAGAUUCUUGUUCCUUCUUCAAAUGAUACAAUCGAUAAAUAUACUAUAAGCACCACACGUUUGGUCGUGGUAGAUAACAAAAUGAAAAAGAGAGAAGGAGAAACAGAUUCAACCGCGACCCGUUGAUGGAAUACAGUCGACCCCCUAUAACACUGUUGAUUAUUCCGUUUUAUAUGAAUUCCAUGUUGUACGAGUCACUUAGAUUUUACAAA